AUGCCUCAAGUAUUCUCAUCCUGGCAAGACAAGCUCCAGCACGAGUGCGGCAAAUUCAGAGACAAUUUGGAUGCCCAAGCUCAUAUUCUCCAGCACGAUCCAGAUAAGCGAGGAAAGGAGCGUCACGCAGACGUCUCUCGGGCGGUAGUAAAGCUGUCUGCUCAGGCCGAUCGGAUCAUAGACAUUGCACACCGUAUGGUUGCUGAGGCUCCAGAUAGUGAACUUAUUCGUCGCAAUACUUCCUUUUGGUGCCGUGAAGAUAAUGGUCGUUACAAGUUCGAGAAUGUGUUCGUUGGCAUGGAGCACGACUUAGUCAAUGUAGUAUUGGAUCUGAAGAAGGACCCGUGUCAGUGCAAGUGUAAUUACAUGGCUGGGCGUCUUGAUAGAAUCGCAAGGAAGGUUGCCUUCAACCUCAACGUUUAG